CAAGCCAAGAAGCAGCCAAGGCUUCAUACUGAAAUCUGUGGUGAACCAAAACGGUGCAGCUGGUAUUGCUAAUUCUUCAAUUCUGAAAGCUCCUCUCACCUUGCUCUGAAAUGAUGCUAGUCUGUUUGUCAGACUUUGAGGCUUAUGCUAAAAAACAUCUCCCAAAGGCUGUUUGGGAUUUCUUUGCCGCUGGUGCUGAUGAAUGCUGUACUCGAGAUGACAACCUUGCAGCCUUUAAAAGAAUCUACUUCCGGCCACGCUUGCUGAGGAAUAUGUCUGUGAUGGAUACAAGAACCACUGUCCUUGGCACAGAGAUCAGCUUUCCUGUGGGCAUUGCUCCCACAGGUAUGCACAAGUUGGCUUGUCCCGAUGGGGAGCAGAGCACAGCAAGAGCAGCGAAAGCUAUGAAUAUCUGCUACAUUGCCAGCACUUACUCCACUUGCUCUAUGGAAGAAAUCGCUGCUGCUGCUCCUGCUGGCUUCCGAUGGUUUCAACUCUACAUUCACCGGAACAGGACCAUCGCUGAGCAGCUGGUGCGAAAGGCAGAGUCCUUGGGCUUCCAGGCCUUGGUGCUCACAGCUGAUCUGCCGUACACUGGGAAGAGGCGGGACGACAUCCGCAACAACUUCCAGUUCUUGUCUUCUGUUAAAUUGAAGAACUUGGAAGGUUUCUUUGAGGGUGAAGACCAUACAGAGUAUGGGGUGCCUCCCAACUCCAUAGAUCCUUCUGUCACUUGGGAAGAUAUCUCCUGGCUACAGAGCGUGACAUGCUUGCCCAUCAUUGUAAAGGGAAUUCUGACCAAGGAAGAUGCAGAACUGGCAGUGAGACAUGGAGUGAAAGGGAUUAUUGUAUCCAACCAUGGAGGGCGACAGCUGGAUGGGGUGCCUGCAGCGAUUGAUGCUCUGGUGGAAGUUAGGGCUGCAGUGCAAGAUAAAGCUGAAGUUUACGUGGAUGGUGGGAUACGAACGGGAACUGACAUCCUGAAAGCACUGGCACUUGGAGCAAAAUGUGUCUUCAUCGGAAGGCCUGCCCUCUGGGGUCUGGCCUAUAAGGGUGAAGAAGGGCUUCAGCAGCUGUUGAAGAUUCUGAAAGACGAAUUUCGCCUGUCAAUGGCUCUUGCAGGAUGCAGAAAUGUCUCAGAAAUUGGCCGCCAUCUUGUUCAGUAUUCCAGAUUAUAAAAAGCCUUCCUGCAGUGUUGACCAAAACAGAAAAUGACCACAGACUCUUCUGGUUAAGCCCAGAGUGCCAGGAGAAGAAAAGAACCAGCAUGUCCUAAACCAACAUAUGGUAUCUUUCAGUCCCUCUAAAUCUAUGGGAUGGCAGGUCAUUAGACAACCAACUAUCUCUUAAAUCUAUACCUGUCAGUGCCUGAAAAUCAGGGGGGUUUUUUUUGCAACUCUACAGCCCUCUGGCCCAGCUGUAAAACAUUAGUAAAAAGUGUUGCAGCAUUGCUAGGCCCUUGGUCCGCAUGCAUGAUCCAAGGGUAUCAUGUCCUCAUUUGAUUUUAACAUCCAAGGAAUCCUUAUGAGCCUCUAGCAAGAAAAUGAGGGAUGAGACUUUCAGAAAAAAUGAACUCCUUGUCCCAUAAUUUGGUGGGAAAUUCCCUCUCUGGCCAAAAUGAAAGACCUUAUCUCUCUGUCUAAACAGUUAAUCUCACCCAAGAAGCUCUUUUAUUUUCUUGCCCACAUUACCUCAGGAUAGACCCAGUUUUCCCAGGGUCCACUUGUCUCCAUGACUAGAACAAUGGAACAAAUAACUGCUUCUGGGUUGGAAGGCUAAAUAUCUCUGAACAAGCCUAAUUGGCCAAAGCCUGUGAAUCACUAACAGCAGCAUUGAUAAUAUCAUUGACUGUUAAGGAUUUGGAAAGGGAAAAUCUGAGUAUUUUUUUCACUUUGGGUUCCAUCAGGGGUGCCUUAUUUUCUAUUUUUUUGCUGCACUUGGCCUUUCAUUUUGCACCAAAGGGAAGCAUUUUUGGGUUCCCUCUUUGUUGCUUUUCCAUUCAUGUUGUAUGGCACUCCAAAAGUUGUAAAGGAGCCUUAAAAACUAGUCCAAAAAGCAGAAGCGAGGCAGCAGAGAAUCAAUCUACUCCAAAAGGAGGAAACAUUACACAAGAAAGAAAAACCAUCAGACCUGUGUAGUUUAUAUUAUCACAUUCAUCACCACCAUUAUCAUUAAUUCAUUUCUAAUAAAGAUUACAGCACGCUCAUUGACUUGCUUGGAACUAGCAGGCUAAAUUCCUCCCUUCCCAACCACUAGUGCACUGUAUAUAGCACUUCCAAAAAGUCACCAAAAUAUACAUUGUUAACAGAAUAAAUGCACAAUAAAUUAACCAAAUAAAAUGUUUUUUUUAAAAAAAUCAGUCAAACAGUCAAAGUACCCCACAUAUGCA